AUGUACAUACACAGAAAUACACACGCACAGACACAUGUACAUACAUACACAGGCACAUGUACACACAGACACAUGUACGUACAUACACACAAACACACACACACAUGUACAUACACACACACACAGACACAUGUACAGAUACACACAUGUACAUAUACACAGACACAUUGACAUGCAUACACAAACACACACACAUGUACAAACACGCAUGCACACAAACACCCCCCCCCCAUAAAAAGUUGCAGUACUUCAUUGUUUACUCACAGAGCCGAGUACUGCACUCUAGGGGGAGGCAGAGAGCACAGCACACACUCCUUCCUUUACUUUCAAUGCGCUCAGCUAUUGAGCAGUUUGACGGCUCCCAGUACCAAUGACAGAUCUAGCCAGAGCUCCGAGCCUGCUCAGCAAGACGGCCCUGAGGGACACACUCGUCCCCACCAUAAUUUCCACUCGCCAUUGGUGAGCAGGCGAGUGGAAAUUUCAAGGCCUGCUCUA